AUACCAACGGACCCGGAUUUUGCCGACCUGAUUAGCUUACACCAAAAAUGACAACUUUUUAUGAUUAUUUUCUGUGCGCCGGACCCUUCUAGCCUCUCCACAAUUUCAAAUUUCCAAACGCAGAACCAAAAUCUACAGAGUUUCUUUCUUUCUUUUUUUGAAUCUUGAGAGCGGAAGGGAAGAUUUAUCGAUAGCCCAUCAUCCCUGGUCGAUUGAAGAAUUAAUCUAGCGUCAAAGAAUCUUCAUAGAAUCGCCAUGCCUUCAGGCGCAAAGAAGCGAAAAGCCGCCAAGAAAAAGAAGGGUUUGCAGGUUAAGGGGGCGCCCCAAUCGACACAGCUUCAUUCUCAUGCUAUGUCAGGGGAAGAGGAUUUAGAGCAUACAUACGACAAGGACAGUGAUGGAGGGGAUGCUAGUUCACCUACAUCUCAAGAGUACCAUAACUGCAACGAUUUAAUUGAUCAAGAGGAGGAAGAGGCUGAUAAGCAAGAAGGUGAUGGUUCGUGUGAUCAGCCAUCAACAAGUCAUGAGAGCAAAUCCGAAGAGAUGACAAAUGGAGGCGGCGGAUUGGAGAAAGUGACUACUGAACAGAAAAGUGAUCUUAAUGCAGAGAGGAACUUAAAGGCUGAAGAUGAAUUCCAGAGCAUGGAUAUUGGCAUUGAGGUCUUCGAAACCCCGAAAGAAUCUCACGAUGGAAGCUUAUUAAGGAGCUUUAGUAGCUGUAGCAAGAGCAACUUAAAAGAUGGACCAAAUGUCUUCAAUAAGGAUAAUAUUGUGGUAAACGACACUCCCGUAGUUGAUCUAGUGAAAGAAGUUGAUUUGCUAUUUGCUGGUAAAGGUAUGGGUGAGGUAGCAGUCUUUACGACUGACUUGGACAAGGCUGCAACGUCUGAAAAUGUAGAGGUUGAAAAGAGUGAUGGGUUGGGGCUUAUGGAAAAUGGGGACGAAAACAUGGGUGUAGUUGAUAAUAGUGGUUCUCUAUCAGAAGCUCUAGUGACAAUGGAGAAGGAGGAUGAACUUGUUCAGACAUCAUCGCAACAGGAUGAUGCAAAAACAUUAACAGACUUUUCUACCGAAGUAAAUUUGGAGGAAGUUACUCCAUCAGCUGAUGUUCCGGAAGUUCAUGACAGCAUGGAAGUUGGACGAAAGGAGGAUGAAGUUUUUGGGACAUCCAAUGUUAAUGAAGCUAGAAUAUCAGAACCGGAGGACUCUUCUAGAAUAUCAGAACCGGAGGACUCUGCCACUCAGGAAGAGGGAGAUACACUAACCCUAUCAUACAGUGCCCCCAAAAUCGAAGCUAGUGUAGAAGCUGAUCCUCUUACAGAUUCUAAGCUUUCUGAAAGCGCUGAUAGUCAGCACCAAAAUGGUUUAGCUAUACGACCAGUGCAAACAUCAUGGAAGGGUUGCUGUGGCCUGUUUGAGCUGUUCAAAGGAUCUAAUAGAUGAUUUCAGUAGAGAAGAUGGUCUAGAAAAGCAUCUCGGGCAGGUGGGUUUUGAUGGUUCAGAAAUUUUAUAAUGUCAUAGACUAGAUAGAAAAGUCAUGAAAGAAUAAUUACUACUACUAUUACCUGUACUAAGAGAAGUGGAUGGUGUUACAGAAACUAUAUAGUAGCCCAGUUCAAGUGAAUGUCUUUGUGUUGUUGAGAAGCAGAUUGCUUCUUCUAGCAGCCAGUUUAGCUUCUGGUUAAAAUUUUCAUGUUGGUUUGUGUGUUGUGUGUUUUAUAAAUGGAGUGAAUCUUUUGGGUGUUUUGGGGCCUUGGUGAAACCUUCAAGGUUUUGUGCUU